AUGAUGAUGAUGAUGCUACGCCGUGUGAUGUGUGUGUUGGCCGUUGUGCUGUGCUGCGCCUGCGGGUAUACCAUGGCUGCUGCUGCUACUGCUACUACUGCUGGACAGCCAAAGACGGUGAUGGCGAGUGGAGGUAGUGUUCAGGAAUGGAGUGAUUUUCUCGGAACAGCAGCCUGUAAUUCUACAUUAAGUAAAAGUGAAAAAACUGCUGGUGGAGUAAGUUGUGCGAAUUGGACAUCUCAUGGGUUUGUUAAAGGAGUAUCGGAACGUUCCAGUGGAUCAAACUCAAACAGUCAAGUAAAAGGGGAUGCACAAGAGAAAAAAUUGGAAGAACAGAAAGAUCCACAAGAGCUACAGAAUGCUGCUUCUUCACUGCACGUAGGAAAGCAAGAGGGGAAGCUGGGGAAUCAAUCGCAAGGGGCUGAAGUGGAUGCACGUGGUUCUCAAUCAACCGUGAGCGAUCCAGCGCCGACAUUUUCCGGUAUACCUGCGGUUUCUGGAGCACAAGAUGGUGGUCAUACUCACGUGGAGGAAGAACGUGAACCGGAACCAACAGAAUCUUCGAAAAUAUCUCAUAACGUUGAGGUGCCACAAGGUGAUCAAGUAAAGCCGAGCAACACAGCUGAUAACACUACAGCUGGCAACUCUAAUCCUAACCAGCCAUCUCCAGAAGCUGCAGGUGCAACUGCCGCAUCAGACUCACAAGAAACCAUUUCCACUACUCCGUCAAGCCCCGAGAACAAUGUCAGUGAUGCACCAACUACCACUCCAUCUACUGUUCCUGUACCCAAUCCAGAGAUCAUCACUAUUGCCUCCGCAUUACAGAACAAGGCUAAUGUUGACAGCAGUAUCAGUCCUGUGUGGAUGCGCACUGCAGCACCGCUGUUGAUUGUGGUUGUGUUGUUCUCCGCUACUGUGUACUGA